AUGCCGCUCAAGCUCCCCGCGCCGAUACUCCACCUCGAGGCGUUCUUCCGCCCCUCCCUCCUGCGGCCGGACAUCAAGGCUCCCUCCGUUGACAAUGUCGACUGGCAGGGCCUGAGGCGCGCGGGCUGGAACGCCGUCGUGAUCGACAAGGACAACUGUCUGACGCUCCCCAAUGUCGACAAGAUCUGGCCCCCGUUCGCGCCCGGGUGGGAGAACUGCAAGCGCGCCUUCCCCGGACGGACACUGAUCGUGUCCAACUCGGCCGGAUCCUCGAAGGACAGAGGUGGCAUCGGUGCCGAGUCGCUUAGCAUGCAGCUGCAGGCUCCAGUCCUGGCUCACCGGCGACCAAAACCCGCCUGCGCCUCCGACAUCAUCGACUUCUUCAAGGGCCGCUUGCCCCUCCGGACGGGACGCGAGAUCAGCCCGGCAGUCCAGGCCGCGGCGAAGGAGGAGGACGCGGCGGAGCGGUUCCUGCUAGACCGGUGGCGGGGGGACGUCGAGCAUGGCCCGCUUUGCGGUGAGCUGCAACGACCAGUGAAGGAGGACGGAGACGAUCUCGAGGCGAAGAUGGUCGCGGCGCAGCAUGCCGGAUCGGGCCGGUAUAACAAGGAGCCAGAGCAGCCGGAGAAGGCGGAGGACCAGGCCGCUGCGAGCAGCCAGCGGGACGCGAAGCACUCAGCGCACGACAACGAGGUCGACAAGGCGGCGCAGCGCGAGGAGCGUGAGAAGACGCACAAGUUCCCAGCGACGGCUGAGGGUGAGGCGGAGCCGCUGCGCGUCCUCGUGGUCGGCGACCGGAAGUUUACCGACGUCCUCCUCUCCCGCCGCCUGGCCCUUUAUCCCGACGUUGUUGCGCUCAGCAUCCAGACGACCGACCUCCCGCAGCCCAAGGACGUCAAGCUUCUCCGAAAGCUCGAGGAUCGACUCGCCGGGCCAAAGGAGGACCCCGCCGGCGCCCCGUGGGAGGCAUACGUCCGUAUCGACCCGCCGCCGCCGCCUCCGCCGACGCUCAGGGAGCGUCUCAGCCCGAGCUACAUCCUCGCCGAGCCCGGACCGCCGGUGAUCUGGUACGACCCGCGAACGUGGCGAUGGCGACCCAUCCUCGCCGCGACUCUGAACGGUCUCGGACGGGGUAUCUCCUGGAUCUCUGUCGAGGGCGCCAAGGGCGCCAAGGCUGCUUCGAUCUGGUCGGUGGCCAAGAUCAAGGAGGCGAACGAGCACCGCAAAAUCCGCGCCGCUGAGCGCGCAAAGGAGCAGGCUGCCAAGGAGCACGAGGACAAGGUGAAGCAGGUCGAGGAGGAGAAGAACGACCAGGACGAGCUCCAGGCCCUCCUUCAGCCCAAGCAGGCGGUCAAGGGCGACGUCGCCGAGCCCGUGAAGCAGAGCACGUAA